CAGGGGGCCCCGGGGUGGCGUCAUGCGGUCCCUGCUGGUGGCUAAGCUGGGCUGCCUGCUCGGGCUGCUGGUCCUGCCACUGCUCUGCGGGCUGCUCCCCGUGCGGCUGCGGGGCGCGGGAACCCGCGGGCGGUGGCGCAGCUUCGUUGGCUGCGUGGCCGGAGGCAUCUUCCUGGCCGCCUGCCUGCUGGACAUCGUCCCCGACUCUCUGUCCGACAUGCGGGAGGAGCUGCGGAGACAGCGGAUCACGGUGGAUUUUCCCUUUCCUGAGUUCGUCCUGACUCUUGGCUUCCUGCUGGUUCUCAUAAUCGAGCACGUAGUCCUGGACUGCAGUGAGCAGCGGGCAGGGGAGGCCACCCCCCUCCUCUCCUGUGGGGAGACCACCCCUCAGCCAGCAGGCACUGGUGAGUGGGUGGUGGAGACGGGUGUGCCCCACUUGCCUGCAGACUUUCGGGUCCACUCGUCCUUCCGCUCCUUUGUCCUCUUCCUGUCUCUGUCGGUGCACUCGCUGUUCGAGGGCCUGGCCGUGGGGCUGCAGGACACAGAGUCCAAGGUGCUGCAGAUCUGCAUUGCCAUCCUGGUGCACAAGAGCGUGAUUGCUGUCGGCCUCUCCCUCCUGCUGCUCCAGAGCCAAGUCCCCACCCGCUGGUUUGUGGCUUUGAUUGGCACCUUCGCCCUCAUGUCUCCCCUUGGCAUCGCAGUGGGGAUCGUGAUGAUGCAGAACCCGGGCCCCGGCAGCACCAUGGCCCAGUGCCUGCUGGAAGGGAUCGCUGCAGGGACCUUUGUCUAUAUCACCUUCCUCGAGAUCCUGCCUCACGAACUCAACUCCCCAAAGUGCCGCCUGCCCAAAGUGCUCUCCAUGCUGCUGGGCUUCUCCGUCAUGGCUGCCUUGCGCUUCCUGGGCUGACGCCAUUGGCCCUGCUUGGGCACCUGCUGGCUGCGCUCACAUGUACUGAGGCAGAUGCCGGCCUGGGAAACCAUCAGCCGCAGGUUCAGCCCCGGCUACCAGGGUGUCUCCUGGAGAUGGACUGGGAUGAGU